CUUGAAAACAAAAGUCACAUAAUCAAAAUAUAAAAUUUUAUUAGAUUGAAUCAGUGAUCUCACUUAAACUUUUGUUUAAGAGAACUAAUUUAUGUUCAAUUUCUAUUGUUUAUUUAAGCAACUUUCUAAGAUAAAAUUCGUGAAUAAUCUUAAUCUUGUACCUUACUAAUAUCUCCAUCUUGAAUAUAAUCAUACGCAGAAUAUAAUGUUGCUUUAAAAGAUUAAUAAUGCCGUAAUUAUUAUUUUUAACUUGAAUUUUUUUUUUUUGUUUGUAAACUCUUAUUGUUUGUUAUCUUCCUUUUGUGGUUCACUCCCUAUUUUGGGAAAAGAAGAAACAAAUUUAGAUUUUAUGCGUUCAUUUCAUUCGGUACAAAACAGAAAAACCAAAUUCUUGAAAGAAAAAGGGAAGAUAAAAUAAAAUAAAAUGCUUGUCAUAUAACAACGCGGUGGGAUUGGAUAGAGAGAAAUCGUCACCCUAUUUCUGAGCUGAGACCUUGCUUUGCCUCUCCGGUUUCCCAUGCCGUAUAUAUAUUCAUUCAAGAGCAAAGUUCGCAACUUUUCAUACGAAUUUGACUCGUUAACCGAAGCAGAAAAGGAAGGCUCAACCAGUAAACUAAAUUUCUCAUUCGCUUCAUCUUGCAUCUCAAAUUCCUUCCCAUCACAAAUCCCACCGCCAAAGUAAGCCAAAGAUGCUCCCUUUUCCGCCCACAUUCCCAUAAACCAUUCUUCCUCCGUUUCCCAGCUGCUUAAGCUCAGCUGAUUUGGAUUCCAUCUCCGCAAAACCAGCUAAAGAACUUCAAAUCCGUCGCUUUUCAGGUAAACCCACUUCAGGAAAUGAUCAUUUUGAACCAAUUGAGCUUUGUGGAAACAUUUGUUUAACCUGCAUGGCGAUUGUCUCGAUUCAAGAACAAAAGCUUCUACCUUCGUCUCGUUCUUCUCAUUUUUCAUUCUGGUUUGAUAUGAGUCUGCUUGUGGGUUGGUGUAACUCUGGAUCUUGCUUGGCUGCUUUGAAUCAUUAACUUUUCUUCGUUCUACUGUUUCUCCCCUGAUGGAGGAAGUCCCGUGAAGUGGAAUUUGUCUGUUUAUGCAAUUUUCUUUCCCCCUUGUCAGAUUCUCUAGAAACUGCUCCCAUUUUCAGCAGUUAAAUGCCCUCCAUUCAUUGAUCCAUCUGAUAUGUUGACAAAUAGAACUCAAUUCCAAUCAUCAUCAUUCAUUGAUCAUCUCCUUCCAUUCUUCUUUAGUAAGGUUCAUGGACUCGCCUCUCUUUUCCAUUUCUUUGACUUUCUCUUCUUCCUUCCUCAAAAUUGGUGGAUUACUAGAAUUUUUUUGGCCUUGACCACUCAAUGCAAUUGUUCAAUGUGAUAAUCAGUAUGAGGGCUGCGUUUGCUUUUACUUCGUUCUGUAAUUUUGUCAAAGAAAUGCAAUGCUUGAGGAAAGUGGGCAUCUAGAAGUAUAACUUUGUGUUUGGCAAAAUAAAUAGCCUACCCACGUUCUGUCCAUGUUCUUUGCUUCCUUCCUUCAUCCUGCCCCACGUCUCAACAGUUGUAAUUAACCCAUUUGCUUCCUUUUGUUAAUUGAGAUUGAUUUUCAUUUGAUCUCAACAGGGUUGAAUCUAGAUUUGUCAUCUAAAUCUGAUUAGUUACUCGUUUUCGUAUAGAUUGCGGAGGUUGGCAAUUCAGCAUCGUGGAUUCAGGUGAUCAAGAGAAAUGGUUCUGGGGCUAAGAUCAAAGAACAAGAAAGCCAAUACGAUCCAAGUUGAUUACUUGGUCCAAGUUCAAGAGAUCAGUCCAUGGCCACCAUCACAUUCUGUUAAACCCUCAACAUCACUGGUUCUCCAAUGGGAAAAUGGUGAUCAAAGUUAUGGAACAUUGGCUUGUGUCAUUGCUGAGGGGAAGCUAGAAUUCAUUGACUCCUUCAGGCUUCUCAUUACACUGACCAAGGAAGCAUCCAGGAAAGGCAAUGACCGUGAGAGUUAUGCAAAAAACUUGUUGGAGUUCUACUUGUUUGAGCCUAAAAAUCAGAAGUCAAACAAAGGUCAACUCUUGGGUUCAGCAGUUGUGAACCUUGCAGAUUAUGGAAUUAUUAGAGAUGGCAUCACCAUAAGUGCUCCAUUGAACUUGAAGAAGAGCUCGAAGGGCGCCCUACAACCGAUAGUUUACUUCAUAGUUCAGGCGUUUGAGAAGGGUGAUGAUGACACCAGCAGCAGCUUGUCGAAAGAAGUGUCGAUGGAGAAGGGGGGAAGUGAGUCUGUUUCGGAGGUCACGAAUGAGGAGGAGAUUGCUUCGUUUACCGACGAUGAUGCCGAUGAUGGUGAUGUCUCUUCUGCUGUGGUGUCUAGUAGAGGUUCACCUAGUUAUUCCGAAAAGAAUGGAACAGCAUCUGCAAUCAGUAGUACAGCGAGACCAAAGGAGAAUGCUGUUCUUCCUUCCUUGGGCAUAAUAGCCGUUCCAGUAAAUUCAGCAGAAGAUUAUCCAGUUCUGGUUGAGAAGGCUUCGAACCAUGCUAGCAUUCAUAAAUAUCGAAGCAGCCAAGAAUCGCAAGAGCUGAAACACAAAAGUGGCUCAGAGGAGGCUAAAGUUUCCAAUUUACCUGCUGAUCAUUUUCUAAACAUAGAUGGGAACGACCUGAAGGCAAAUGCUCAGGAUAUUGCGGUUUUGGCGACCAAAACAUCAUAUACUGUUGAAGAGAAACUUGCUGGUGAAGUAAGUCGAGAUGAUACGAGAAGCCAGGUUCCAUUGAGGAGUAACACUAUUGCUUCCAAUUGUCAUGCAGUCGGAGUUCAGGGGAACACUCGGCGAGAUAAGUUGAAGCAAUUGAAAUCUAUUCAGUUGCAGUAUGCUGCUUCUGAAGGUUACAGGCCCUCUAGCAAUGGCCAAUCUACAGAGAGAAUGAAGAAGCGUGAAGUUACUGAAAGAACUAGUGGUAGAGCUGGAAUGAUCAAUGAUCAAGGUGAAAGAGAAGAAAAACCAAAGAGCUCUAUCGAAAGCAAUGUCAAAUCAAGAUCUGAAGGUGAAAUGUUAAUUAAGAAUGAGAACUCUGCUGUCACCAAGAAUGAGAACUCUGCUGUCAAGGUCCCUCCUGUGCAGAAGCCGAAGAGGAUUGAAGUUGUUUCAAAAAAUUCUAAAAAAGUAGGAGCAAAUGGCUCGCCAAAUGGUAGAGAAGUAAACAAAGUUGAGAUGCUUGAGGAAGAGUUAAUGGAGACUGCAGCUCUCGAGAUUGGCUUGUAUUCCGUAGUGGCUGAGCAUGGGAGUUCGGCGAAUAAGGUUCAUGCUCCAGCAAGGCGCCUCUCCAGGUUCUAUCUUCAUGCUUGCAAAGUAAGGAAUCAGGGCAAGAGGGCAAAUGCAGCAAGAGCCAUCAUUUCUGGCUUGAUCUUGGUCUCCAAAGCUUGUGGAAAUGAUGUCCCCAGGUUAACUUUCUGGCUGUCCAAUUCGAUCGUCCUGAGAGCAAUAGUCAGUCAAGCUGUCGAAAAACUAAACCUGGCACCUAGAACCUCUCCUUCCAAAGAAGCAAAAGCUAAUAAUGUUUUAGAUGAGUGGGAGAAUCCUCGAACAUUUAUCACAGCCCUUGAAAAGGUCGAAGCUUGGAUCUUCUCCCGCAUCGUUGAAUCUGUUUGGUGGCAGACCCUCACCCCACAUAUGCAGUCCACAGCAGUGAAGGGCGCUGGCUCGAAGAAGGCACAUGCUCGGAAGCAUGGAUUAGGCAAUCAAGAACAGGGGAACUUUGCCAUUGAUCUAUGGCAGAAGGCGUUCAGAGAUGCCUGUGAAAGACUUUGCCCCAUUAGAGCUGGCGGCCAUGAAUGUGGUUGCUUGCCUGUACUUGCUAGAUUGGUAAUGGAGCAGUUGGUAGCUAGACUAGAUGUGGCGAUGUUCAACGCUGUUCUUCGCGAAUCAGCUGACGAAAUGCCUACAGAUCCAGUUUCAGACCCCAUUAGUGAUCCUAAGGUGCUUCCUAUACCAGCUGGGAAAUCAAGCUUUGGAGCUGGGGCACAACUUAAGAAUGCUGUCGGCAGCUGGUCCAGAUGGCUCACAGAUUUGUUUGGUAUCGACGAAGAUGAUGAAGUAAAGGAUAGUGAAACGCCAUUCAAGAUUUUUCACCUCCUUAAUGCACUGAGCGAUCUCAUGAUGCUCCCAUUUGAAAUGCUUGGGGACCAAUCGACCAGAAAAGAAGUCUGCCCUACAUUUGGAGGGCCAUUGAUCAAGCAGGUUCUUAGCAACUUCAUCCCAGAUGAAUUCAACCCGGACCCCAUGCCAGAUUCCAUCCUCAAUGCAUUGGAUUCAGAGGAUCCUGGCGAGUCUGGAGAUGAAUCUCUCAUGAGCUUUCCAUGCUCAGCAAAACCAACAGUCUAUUUGCCGCCUUUGGCAGCUUCACUGACAAACAUCAUAGGUGAGGUUGGUGGUCAGAGCAGUAGCGCUCUGCAGAGAAGUGGAUCAUCUUUACUACGAAAAUCAUACACCAGCGACGAUGAGCUCGAGGAGCUGGAUUCGCCGAUGAAUUCCAUCAUCGUUGACAAGCUCUCAGCCUCUUCUUCUCCCUCGGGUUCAACGGGAAAGGGUGGCCGAAAAGUAGUCAGGUAUCAACUCCUAAGAGAAGUAUGGAAAGACGGGCAGUAAAGAAAAAUGGCGCAUCCACAUUCCAUUUCCUGAUAGUAGAGGUCUGUAUAUAGUGUUAUCCCCCCCAGUAUUCAGCGUGGCUGGAUUGCUCUGCCUUUUGAUGUUCCUGAGUUGUACAAUGCGGACACCAUGAACGUUCAUAUGCUAAAUAAUCUGUAGUUCAAACA